CUACAGAAGGUUUGCGUUUGGUCUCACGCCGAAAAUCAAAAUUACCCCCCAGAUCAAAAAAUCUCCCAAAUCUCAAUGCGAUCCUAUUGGUCCGUGUUGGCACGGAGCCGGUGAACCACCGCGAUGCAAUCUCCUAUAGUAUCGAUUCCUAGCAGUCAACACAAUUCAAUUCUCAUCAUUACAAACAGUGGUCAGAAGGUACGGCACCGUGAAUUUAGGAUAGGUACUAGCACAUGGCAAGCAGUUACAGAAGGAGCCACACGGUCGCAUAUCUAGUUUCAACAACAUAAAACAAAGUACGUUUAGUAAGUGUUUUAAUACGGAACAAAGUAGCAACUGAAAACGACAACCAAAGAGAAGUCUAGAACUUGUUAUAGCACUACCAGGCACAAUAAACAAGAUCGCAAGUAUUAACUUGAGUAGUUUCAACAGUUGAUUUUUCUCGCACCGCCCUUCCUUACCUCAAGAUGAUGCCCGGUGGAAUGCCUGGUGGGGGCGGUAUGCCCGGCGGACAAAUGUUGGUACUGAACAAAAACACGAAGCGUGAGACGGGUCGGAAAGCCCAGCGGAGCAAUAUCUCUGCGGCAGUAAAUGUUGCGGCCAUCGUCCGAACAACGCUUGGGCCAAAAGCCAUGCUGAAAAUGCUGCUCGACCCCAUGGGCGGAAUCGUAUUCCAUUGAUUUUAAUGUAUUCAUUGCAGAGCCUCGGUUUAUGUUCUCCUGGUCAGGUGCGGACAAGGCAACUAAAAUGCAAAUCUGAAUCAAUAGACGUAAAGGAAUUAUUGGCAUGUGCUGUCUUGAAUAAACUGGCUCAAUGUCAAUGAGCGCUUUAUUCUUCACACAACAGGUUAUGACCAACGACGGCAAUGCAAUUCUUCGGGAGAUCGACGUGGGCCACCCGGCAGCGAAAAAUUUGAUCGAGCUGAGUCGGGCGCAGGAUGAGGAAGUCGGUGACGGUACGACGUCCGUUAUCAUUUUGGCGGGCGAAAUGCUGUCAGUCGCCGAGCCAUUGUUGGAGAAAAACAUACAUCCGACCGUCAUCGUGCAAGGGUAUUAUUGCAGUUGUUCUUUUUUUUGACAAAAAUUUCGUUGCGCUUACGCUUGAUGAGACAAGCACUCCGCAGACGACAUUCAUUAGGACCACGCUUGUACUCAACGAAAAUCACUACAGGUACUUGCAAGCUCUGGAAGAUUCGCUGAAACUUUUGGAGCAAAUUGCUAUUCCGAUUGACGCGGAAAACCCGGACAAGCUUAUAGAGUUUGUGCAAAGCUCUAUCGACACAAAAUUUGUGUCACGUUGGGGAACCAUGAUCUCUAAGCUCGCCGUGGAUGCGGCGCUGACGGUUUAUGAGCAGCUCCCGUCGGGCAAGAAAGAGAUCGAUUUGAAGAGAUACGCAAAAGUCGAAAAAAUUGCCGGUGGAGACCUCGAGGAGUGUGCGGUAAAGAUGUUUUCCUAUGAUCCUCGCUUUUUAAACAUGCUUAUGCUUGGCAGCGAGCUUUUCAAUUUGAUGAAAAAUAAAAAUUUCGUACAUACUAUCGCAUGAUUUGGAUCCAUCCACAAUUCAAAUUGUCUCAACAGGUCCUGAAGGGCGUGAUGUAUAACAAGGAUAUCACGCACCCGCGCAUGAGAAGAAAAAUCACGAACCCCCGCGUUGUGCUGCUCGACUGCCCGCUCGAGUACAAAAAAGGCGAAUCCCAAACAAACGUACUUACUUACUUUGGCUUUUCUACUUGCACUUUUUUAAACUUCUGCGCAUCUAAUUCAAUUUAUUUUCUUUGCACGCGGCCUUUUCCUCAUCUGAUCUCAACUCGUCGCAGCGGAAACGAUAACAAUUACAAUGUAGGAAAACGCCGGUAUAAACCAUAACAGGUCGAGAUCACAAAAGAAACGGACUGGGAAGCCAUGUUGCGACAGGAGGAGGAAGAAGUAAAGAAGGUGUGCGACGAAAUCCUCCGUGUCAAGCCGGACGUGGUGAUCACUGAAAAGGGCGUUUCUGACCUCGCUCAGCACUUCUUGCUGAAGCAGAACGUUUCGGUAAGUACCUCUUGUGGUUUUUCUUUUUUGCCCGUAUUCGUUCGAAGAUGAUGUAUUGGGUGAUGUGUUUUCUUGCAUGCAGAAAUUUCAGGCUUUUUUUCAGGCUUUUUUUUUAUCGCUAGUCUUGCUCUAUUUGUCUCGAAACUACACUCCCAGGUGAUCCGGCGUAUCCGUAAGACAGACAACAACCGCGUAGCACGGGUAACCGGGGCGACUAUCGUCAAUAGAGCUGAAGAGCUUGACGAAAAGGACGUCGGGACCGGGUGCGGUCUCUUCGAGGUAAGAAAUUAACAUGAUCCCCCAAACUAAAAAGUUCAUGCUCGUCCAUGAAAACCAGUACCGCGUGAUUAUUUUUUCAUCGUUUACAUGUCAAAACAAUAACAAACUGCAUCCAAACACGAGCUGUUGCGCUUGUCGACCACGUGUCCGGAAUUGUUUCCUUGCACGCAAAAAAAAAGAGAUCAUCUGCAAUAUUUUUAAACAGAUCAAGAAAAUCGGCGACGAAUACUUUACCUUUAUGACGGAAUGCGAGAACCCGAAGGCUUGCUCCAUCAUCUUGCGUGGCGCGAGCAAGGACGUCUUGAAUGAGAUGGAGCGAAACCUCCACGACGCCUGGAAUGUGGCCCGAAACAUCAUCCUUCAACCCAAACUCCUACCGGGCGGUGGCGCAGCGGAAAUGCACUUGAGUACCAAUUUUUUAUUUACCGGUUGAUGGAGUACCACUACCACUCUCUUCAGAUUUAUUUUCACAUGAUCGAGGUAGUUUUGCUUUUUGGUCAUGUUAGUUCAUGGGACCACGACGGGGACGCGGUAGAAGCCCGCUAGUAUCGGCAGAUUAUAUUUGUGACCACGACGCUAAUAUGAAUUUUUUGUUUCAACAAAAUAGGCGCCAAGUUGAAGCACUUAGCUAAGCAGAAGGUCGGGACCAAGCAGUACCCGUACCAGGCCGUUGCGAGCGCAUUCGAAGUGAUCCCGCGAUCCCUGGCGCACAACUGCGGUGCCAGCGUGGUGCGUAUCCUUACCGACCUCCGCUCACGGCACGCUGAUCCAGAGAAGCCGUGCAUGCUUGGUCUCGACGGCAUCGCAGGUACCAUUUUGAUAUUUUUUUUUUUUCUACGAACACACGACGAUUUUGCAGCUAUCGCUGUAUGAUUUUGGUAGCGACGUCUUCCCUUUUCCUCCCUGCUAUUCUCGAAGCUAAUGUGGUCGAUGGCAGAGCUAGAAACUAUGAAAUUUUCACACAGAACUACAGGCAUUUUUGCUAGUAUAUCACUGCUAUGAUCAACUACACAGGUAAAAUUGUGGACACGAAGGAAGCCGGUAUUGUGGAUACGUUUGCGACGAAGGCACAGACCAUCAAGUCAGCAAUAGAAGCGGCCGCUAUGAUCUUGCGCAUCGACGACAUCGUCUCCGGACAAAAGCGACAAGGGCCCGGGGCCCCACCACCCACAUCCAGAAUGGAGGAGGGCAAUCCGAACAGUCACUUGGAGGGUGAGGGCGAACAAGUCUAGGCACUAUGGAUCUUGUGUACAUCAACUUUGGACAGUGUACUAAAAAGACGAGCAGCUGCACGACUGCGGUCGUUCUUGCUAUAGUACACUCGAAGCAGACAUCAAGUUCUGUGGUUGAUGAGUUCUUUAUUGUUCUUCUUUCCCUGGGGCGGCGAGAACAUGAGUAGUAGUGUCCGCAUGCUUGAUACAAACGUACACUCUGUACUAUUUUGGUGGAACGGACCGGACGAAGAUAAAACCAUCACGCCUUGAGCAGUUGUUUGUGCCCUUCGACAAAGUUCUUGAUCUAUACAAUUUCUUUACUUGGUCUGAUUCAGCCCCUGGACGACUUGAAAUUUUUCAACAUGCUGCUUUGAAACUCCGUGGACCCCCGGAGUAGAGCGUGAUUCUUUGCAGGUCUACUUCAUCCCUACGUUCAGCAAUGCUUGCUCCACGGCUCAAGGAGUGAGGACACCGUCGUAAACCUGCGAAAUCCACGCGUGCCGCACUGUUCGCUACCUGUGCUGCGCUGUUCGCUUGAUGCCUUGCGAGAUUUUCAGCGGAUCGAAAUAUUUUUUUGAAAAUAGGAGAUCGCGCGAGGAUGUUUUACAGAUUGAUACUAGGAUCCGAAGAAAGACG